UGCAAAUUCCUAUUUUACUUGGAAAUUCCUCGAAAUCAUUAGGGUUUAAACGUGAGUCUAUAUACUAUAGACCUGGUUUAUUGGCCUUGUUAAAACGACUCAGACAGUGGCUGGCCCAAGAAGUAUUGUCCAAGGCUUGGCGCCCCGUUCGCCAACCGAUAAAGAUCUUAAUGAGAUAAGAUUGAGCACAAAUCGGGCCAAAUGGCAGUGGCGCUUAUCAGGCCGAUAAUUAUGGCUGAGCAAAGCCCCCAAAAAUGCGCCUUGAUGAAUUGAUCUAUCCUAAAUGGAAAUCUGCGUUCGAUAAUUAGCAUUAAGGUUUUAUAAUGGAUAUUGAUUGAUUGCCGUAAAUUUGGUUGUUCGUUGGGUUGGGUCACUUGGCAGUAGUCGCCCAUUAUUUUGGCAGUAGUGUUCAGUCAGCAUGUCGCAACAGAAGCAAAAAUCGCAAGAGUCCAAUCUGACCGCCAGGUGGCGCUUGGCAGGAUCGCACAGAUCUGCCUUGGCCUCCUUUUUCGGUGAAUUUGUCGCCACUGCAGUCUUUGUUUUCGUGGCCUGCAUGGGCUGUGUGGAGACCCCAGUGUUCCAGAACUCCCAUUUCCGAAGUGGUCUCACCUUUGGCCUUGCCAUCCUGAUAGCUGUCCAAUGUUUUGGAUCAGUUUCGGGGGCCCAUUUGAAUCCUGCCAUUACCCUGGCUGCCUGGCUUUACGGAGCAAUUGGUUGGAAAAAGGCUAUUGCUUAUUUUGUGGCCCAGGCUGCCGGAGCCUUGAUUGGAUAUGGAAUCCUGGUAGCAGUUCUACCAGAAAGUUCCAUCAAAGGCGUGGAUAAUCCAGCGGGUGUUUGCGUAACGGUUCUGGCCCCGGAAAUCAGCGAACUUCAGGGAGUUUUCAUAGAGUUCCUCAUCACAUGCUGUCUGGUAAUGGUGGCCUGUUCCGUCUGGGAUCCCCGAAAUGUCAAAUUCCAGGACUCGGUGCCCGUAAGAUUUGGCCUCACCGUUUCCUGUCUCAUCCUCACAGCAGGUCUCUUCACGGGAGCCAGUAUGAACCCAACCAGAUCUUUGGGUCCCGCUGUUUGGAACAACUCUUGGGCACAUCAUUGGAUCUACUGGGUGGGUCCUUUGGUGGCAGGAGCUGUCACCUCACUGAUCUAUAAAAUGGCGUUCAAGGGCGAUGAAGAGAUCGAUUUGAGGAGCUCCGAUGCCAAGAUACGCAUGAUCGGGGAGGUUAUAGUGCAAUAAAUUAUUGUAUAUCACCUAGCUGUAAAUAUCGAAUCUUAACGAAAUAAAUAU